AUGAACUCUUCUAAAACUUCAAGAACUGUCAAAGCCUUGCAUUUAUUCCAUUUAGAAUAAAAAAAUUCAGAUCAUCAUCAUUAUAACAUCCCUACUUUUAGAGAACCUCCUAUUCCUACUAUCUUAAAACCAUCUUAAUUAUCUCCAUCUAAAUAAUCAUUUCCAGUAUCUCGAUAAAAUUAAGAAAAUGGAUAUACAAAAAUAACAAUAGAAAAGAAGAUACUAUAACUAAGAAAAGAAAUUUUAAAUGCCAAAUAUAUAAAAUAGAAAUUAUUAUAAGAAAACGAUAAAUUAUAACUUAAAGACAUUGUCCCAGUCUAAGCAGUUGAGAAACCAAAUGAUAAAUAGGUUAAACCUAUUAAAUAUUGUGAAAAAAAGUCAAAAUCAAAAGUUAAAUUCUCUGAAAUCUAAAUUACACUACAAGAAAGAUAACUCUAAUAAUCAAUUUUAUCAACGUAAAUUAAUAAAAUUCCAAAAUUUAAAUUAAAAGAAAAAUAAACUUUAACAAUAGAAGAUAGAAUAGAUGAUAUUUAAAAGAUACCAUAAUGUUAAUCAUCUAUAAAAUUAAGAAGUGAGCCUAAUUCUCCUUAAAUAAUAAAAAAAUUACAAUCUUAUUAAUUUAGUUAGAGAAGAGUCAGUUAAGGGAAUGUAUAAUAACCAAAAAAAAUAGAAGUGAAUCCAUGGUCAUAAAAUUUAGAAGGUUGGCAUGCACCUUAAGCUGAUGAAGAUUUACUAGUUUAUUAUUAAUAAUGUUUCUGA